AUGGGAGGGUCCUUGGGGGAUCCUCCCAGGCUGCCGCCAGGGCAGGUAUUCCUCGGCGAGAGGGCGUCAGCAGGCGAGGGCGGCGUGGGGGGCUGCGGCGUGGGGGGCGGCGUCCAGGCGGCCGCCCAUGCUCUCUUCUCAGCCGGCGCCUUUGCCUUCUAUCUGCGGGUCGAGGACCGCAGGAGCCCCAUGGAGCCGCGUUCCCCCACCCGGACCGGUUCCCCUGGGCCAGGCGACGACGCCGACACGCAGCGCGGCCGAACCCCCCCGCUCUCUGGCCCCCAAGGCGCCCCGCCGCCGCCCGCUCUCACAGCCACACUGCGCGGCGCGGCCGGCGAGGGGAGAACCACGCUGGCCAUCGCCUGGGCCCAGACCUCCGUGUUGGACCGAGACCUGGCGAGACCCGGCAUGAAGGAAGCCAACCUCCGCCAGCUCCUGGGCAAGCGCCUCCUCCUCAGGGGCAGGGGCCGUGAGGGCUGCGAGUCCUUCGUCCACCUCAGUGUCCAGCAGUUCUUUGCCGCCAUGUUCUGUGUCCUGGAGGACGGCCCCAGGGGCCGCAGCGGGGAGGUGCGGAGGCUGCUGUCCAAGCAAGAAAGACUCGACCACCGCAGCCUGGCCCCGGUGGGCCCGGUCCUACUCGGCCUUGCCCACGGAGGGCCGGCCGCGGCGCUGGAGGCCACUCCUGGCUGCCGGGUGUCCCCAGGCAUCGCGCAGGACGGGCCAGGGCCCCGCGGGGAGAGGCCCUCCUCCGUGCGGGACUGGGAGGCGGCUUCUCCCCGGCUUCACGCGGCUCAGGGGGGGCAGCUCACCGAGGCGGCCGCGGCCCAGGCCCAGCGUGUGGCCGUGCACCUGGCCAGCGCGGCCGAAAUGGCUCGGUCUUCCUCCUGCCUCAGGCGCUGCGCGCACCUGCGGGAGCUGUCCCUGCAGGUGGCCGAGGGGCUGUUCCUGGAGGACGCCGCCCGCGCAGCGGCCCCCUGGGCCCAGAGGUCCCGGCGAGACCAGCACGUACUGCGCCUCUGGACGGACUUCUGCUCCGUGCUCAGUUCCAGCCAGAGCCUGAGCUCCCUGCAGCUGGGCCGCGGCUUCCUCAGUCGCUCCUCCGUGCGGAUCCUGUGUGAGCGGAUCACGCGCGCCACCUGUCGCCUCCAGAGACUGGUCUCUCGUAAGCUCUCAGCUGAGCGAGCGCACGGGCAGGCAGAGGGGGAGGGCGAGCUCCGUAGUCUCCAGAAAGGGGACGAGAAACUCAGGAGGAACCAUCAGAGCGAGAGACCUUGCUACCUGAACACUAAGGGGUUUCGCAGGGCUGGUCCUAUGCGCCGGAAAGCGGAACUGGCCGGCCGCCACGGGGCCACGCGGCUGCCACAGCGGUGGCUCGGCUUGGAGAACUGCCGCCUCACAGAAGCCUUGUGCAAGGAGCUGGCUCCUGCUCUGGCCGUCAGCCGGACCCUGACACACCUGUGCCUGGCCAACAACGGCCUGGGGGACGGCGGGGUGAAGCGCCUGUGCGAGGGCCUGAGCUACCCCGAGUGUAAACUGCAGGCCCUGGGGCUGUGGCGCUGUGACGUAACCAGCCGUGGCUGUGCACACAUCUCCGAGCUGCUCCAAGGCGGCUGCGGCCUGAGGGACUUGGACCUGGGCCUUAACCCCAUAGCUUCCGGGCUGUCGUUCCUCUGUGAGGCUUUGAAGAAACCCAGUUGCAACCUAAAAUGUCUGGGGCUCUGCGGCUGCUCGGUCACCGCCGCCGGCUGUCCCGACCUUGCGUCGGCUCUCAGCGGCAGCCGGGCACUGGAGACGCUGGACCUGGCGCAGAACGACCUGGGGCCGAGCGGCGUGGUGGCGCUCCUGGACGCCCUGACGCACAGGACCGGCCCCCUGAAGACGCUCCGGCUGGAGGCGGGUGCGUGCAGCGCGGGCGUCCAGCGGCUGCUGCGGGAAGUGAAGGAGAGCAACGCCCGGCUGACGGUCGACUGCUCAGCGGCACCAGCAAUGGCCCCACCACAAACAGCAGUUGGGGACCAGAGUGGGACCCCUACCCCUGAGGAGAGGGAGGCCUGCCCCAGCCGCCCUGAGGCUUUCUCCCAGAGAGGGAACCGGGUCACCUCCCGGCUCCUGGUUCUGUCUCGGCGUGACAGCGGAGACCAGGCCUUCGGCAUGUGUGACCCCACCCUCGUCACCUUCACGUGCCACCUGGAGACGGCCACAGAGGUUCUUUCUGCGCCAGGAGGGCAAGUGCAGCCCCGGCUGCGGAAGGGCGGGAGGGGUCGGCGUUCCCGUGGGCCCAUGGCGGCAGCUCACAGCCGGCGGACGGCGCUUCGGCUCUCACAACAGCCGCCCGUGGUCCUUUCCCCGCAAGCAGACAAACACGUGCGCAGGCGCGGGAGCGGGAAAUGA